UUUGUUUUGGUUUAGUUUAGGACAAAAGUAACAACGGCAGUAAGACAAACAUGCAGAAUAAAGCAAGCAGAACUCAUGUAUAAGAGAGAUUAAUCUGUUUAUUUAGAGUAGAGACUCUACUGUUAGACUGCUGUCACAUAACAGAUGGGUGUUUUUGUUCUUUUGUGUGUCAAACUCACGCCUGAAUCAAGAGCGUGCGUGUGCUGUGCUUUGCUGUGGAUGAGCGACGUUUACAGAUCACAGAAGUGUCUAUGAAGCGGCAGAAGUGGUCUGCAGGAGUUUGAUGCUGCAGGAUUCUUCAGAUCAUGAGACUGUGACCUCAGCGUGAAUUCAGCCAUGGCAGAAACUGAUGUCGACAAAUCUAACCUGCCUGGUGUCUAUGACGGCCCCGUCUGGCGGUCCGAAGAAGUUGUACUCUGAACCGUCACAUCCUGCCGGAGAUAGGAGACGGGCGAGGAACCUACCCCCGUGCAGGACGGGACUCAACUGGUGGUGGUGGGGUGGUGGAGUGUGUCAAUGUUUCUCUGUGUUAGAGGACGGAGCUGUGGCUCACAGUCUUCAAGAGCAGGAAAUUGAACAGUUCUACAGCACCAACAUCCAGAAGAACCAGGCGGUGCAGAACGAUGUUCGUCUGGCGAGGAGACUGCAAGAAGAAGAGGAACUGCGAGCGAAACUCCAUCGAGACCUCAGGCAACUGGAGGACGAGGACUGCAGAUACGCUCAGAUUAUUCAGGAACAGCUUCAGAGAUGUGCGGAGGAGGCCAGGAGGAGAGAAGAAGAGGACGAGGAAAUAGCUAAACAGUUACAGGAAGAAGAAGAAAUGGAGAUGAGACAGCAGAGGGCUGCUGCUGGUUACCAUGGCUAUAAUGGCAUCUCUCCACUGUGUGAAGGGUUGGGAGUUUGGGAACAGGUGCUUCAAGAUGCUGAAUUGGCCCGAAGACUACAAGAGGAAGAGGAUAUGCUGCCUAACAGAGAGCAUUUGUCUCAGAGCUCUGGAUCAGAUGUGGAUUUCAUAGCAGCACAAGUAGCCCAAGAUGAGGAAAUUGCCAGAUGCAUGCAACAUCAUCGUAGAAUAAGCAAUAGGCCACAAGAACUAGAGAUCCAGACGAGGCCGAGUGAACCAAGAGACGAAGGCAAUACCACAACCAGAAAGGCAAUGCAGAUGUUGAGAGAGAGGCUGAACUCAGAAGGAUUGCACUCACCUGUUGAAGAAGACUACUCCAUAGAAAGCAAUCUACCAAGCCCGUCAUGCACUGCACUCGGAACACAACACAUACACAACAUUGCGGAAGAACUGGACCCAACCUUUAAGGCUAGAAAGAACGAGAGCCAAAUUUCCACCAACCCCCCGUCAGGUCUGUGUUUGGCCCCCCGUAACCCACACAGUAUAUUUUAUGACUAUUUACCAGAACCCACCUUUGUACCACCAACUAAAAGGCAGAGUGACAAAGCAGGACGCCCCAAAAGCAAGAAAGAGAACUGUAAACAACAGUGAUCAUGUAACUAACACAGUGCUGUCUGCUUUAAUAUAGCUUAAACGUGUUGUUUGCUCUUUUCAGUGUAAACCAGCUUGUGGGCACAGAUUAGGCUUUUUAGACUAACAAUGUAAGCAGCGAUUUCCUGUUUAAUUGGUUUGGUCUAAUUCUGUGCUCCAUCCAAAUUCCCAAUUGUGACCUAGAAAACUGCAACUUGGAAGCUCGUAUGGAAAUCCAUUUGUUAAAUUUUACCUAGCUGCGGGCAUAAGAUGUAAUGCGAACAUACAAGCGCACCAUUAAUGAUAAACGUUAACUUUUAAGCAAAUAAAUGCAUUAAUGCAUCAAAGGUUUCUACAUUACAUGAUAAUUAAAUUUUAGUAGGGCUGUCAAUCGAAUUACAUUUUUAAUCAAAUUAUAUGAAAUUCCGAUUGAUUAGUCAAAUUAAUCGCAGUUAAUUGCAUAUAUCAAUAUUUGCUGACAAAGGACCCCAAUUAAAGAUAAUUCAAGAUAAAUAAUUCAUAAUAAUUAAAAAGAAUUAUACAUAUUUAAUAUUCAAAUAAUUAUAAACAUAUCAUUGAACAUAAACCUACCGUUGACAGCAAUCCAUUUUGCAAUUGAGUUCAUCUGUCCUUUUCUGACAUUGAAUUUUCUUGCAUUCAAUCUUUUUUUAUUAUAUUUUUGGUGUAUGUAGAUAUACACUGUAAUAGUAAUUUUUCAAGUUAUUAAAGUCCUGACUAUACAUUGUGAUCAGUUGAAUGCCACUUUGGUGAAUAAAAGUACCAACUUCUUUCCAUAAGAGCAAAAUCUGUACAUUAUUCCAAACUUUUGGCCGCCAGUGUAUGUCAGACAGAUGCUUUUGGAGCACUUAUUGGAGCAUUAGUUGAUGAAAAUCUCAUCUCCAAAUCCCUGCAUUCUGUUGUGCUGACAUGUGUCCUGUGUGACCGUCUUUCAUUCUGUGGCUGCGCCGCUUGUGAGGUUUGUUGAGGCGCACUGACUGCCCCCUGCUGACAUAGCUCGUUAAAAAACAAAUGUACUUCAGCUUGAAUUGCUCUGAUGGUAGGACAAACUGUACUUUUAUUACAGAAAUUACAUACGGGUCUGGAGGCAUGACUAUUUAAUAAAUGUUUCAAUAAAUACAAAUGUAUUUAGUGUAAAUUUAAUUAUAUAUAAUAUAACAUGAUUAUAUUGACAUGAUAAAUCAACAGCCCUACAUUUUAUCAAAAAGUUAAUUAUCCUCUAUUAAUUAUUAUGCAACUACAAAACAAAUGCUUAGCAUCUUUUAUGAUCCACAUUUGGUUUUAGUAGACUUUGUUGACAAUCAAUCAUCUGCAAAACUAACAUUAAUGUCACUACAGGAUAUUAUGUCAUUUUAAGAGCAUCAGACUCUACAGGCCAAAGUAUACUUUGGUUGUUUGCGAUCCGCUAAGUCUCUACGUUAUGUAAAUCGUCGUCAUGUAAAUUUCGUCAUGCGUACAGUCCAUGGGUAUGCUCAAAUAAAUAAACAUUUGAAUUUACUUUUAAAAAAAAAAGCUGUGUCAGUUGGUUCCACACAACAGUGUUGAGUAAUAAUUGGCUAGCAAAAGUUUGCAUUGACAUGUUAAAUGUAAUGGCAUGAAUCUCAACAUAGUUGAGUUCAUGUGGAAAGCAAAGUUCAUCCUAGCCUGUAUAUUGUCAGAUGUCAGAGAUAUAAAGUACAGUAAGAAUAUCCCACAUCUGACUUGGAUUGGGUGCAUAACUGCAGCAUUAUCUACUAUACAGAAUAGUUCCUUUUUUAAUCUUUAGGUGUUUGUUAAUAGGAAUAUGUUACAUUUACAUUUGAUUUACAUUGUAAGCUACAACAUGUUUGAUUGAAAAUAGUUUACAUAAUCAAGGAGGCCGCCAUAGACCUGUUAUAGUGUUUUUGUUUAUUUUGCCGCAUAUUAAUAGAAUUUAUACUUUUAACGUUUUUUGUUGCAUGUUUGUUUGGUAAGUGUGUGGGCUCCUUAAUUUCACCUCUAAAAAAGCAAGUGUGAUUAUUGAUAUUGAGAAGGUCAGACAUCACGAAAGACUCAUUUACAAGAAUUUUAAAAGCCUGGAUUUUCACAGCUGGAAAUUUUGUGGAUCUGAAGAAAAGUGAUGCAGGGGAAUUCUGAUGGCAUUAAAUUACAGCAUCAAACAUCAUGUCACGUCCUGACAGCCUACAGUAUUUCAGUGCAGAGGUCACUGCUCCCCCACACACACACAUUGUAACCUUUUGUGCAUGUUCAUUGUGGUGAUGACAUCAGAGUCUUGAAUGCCCCGGUUCUGAAAUGUAAAAAUAAAGGAGAAUGUUCCCAUAAUUUGUCUGAUUAUUUUCUAAUAAAAAGUAGGUACAAUUUGUGGUUAACAGCAGUUGUUUUUUUAUAUAAUAAAAGUCAUCUGAACAC